UUAUAUAGGCAACCAACAAUACGCAUAGUGCGCAAGUUCAACACCCAAGAAGAGUUUACAGUUAUGACAUCAUAGUGUAUACAUCCACCUGUGCGUCGUGUAAACAUUCAAUUCAGGUGAAAUUCUCGAGAAAACAAACCUAAUUUCAUUUCCAAACCGAUAGAAGAAAAAUCGCCUCAAAUGUACUGCAAUGUCGAGCGUUUUUGAGGAAAGAGACGCUUACAAACACAACCCAUAUUUCAAGAAAGCUGAAUUUGGCGAUUUUACCCCAUUUUACAUCGCCGUUACGAUCUGCACGAUUAUUGGAGUCUCAAUUUUCAUCUUGAACAUCGUCCUGGGCUGCUGUUCCCGCUAUUCCGACUACUGGAACGACAGACACACAGGCAACCGCUGGAUCGCCUCUCUGUGGACAGCCACCCCCCAUCAACAACCCCCUCUAGACCUAACUGAAUUGGAAGUCAUCGACACCCCCACACAAGUCGUUUACGUACCAACCCCAGCUCCCGAAACCGAAAAAGUCGAAUACCGCGAAUUGCAAAAACGCGAAAGCGAUAUUUAA